AUGGCAGCAAUUCCUUCACAUAUUGAAUUAGAUAUUCACACAGAUGGGUGUACAUUAGAUAGAGCGGGUAGUGUUCAUCUAUGGCCUAUUCAAUGUAGAAUAGCGAAUGUACAACACGCCAAACCAAUAAUUGUUGGUAUAUACAAAGGUUCACAAAAGCCCCAUAAUCCGAAUAGUUUCUUCGAAGCAUUUAUUACAGAUAUUCUAACAGUUGUAAACAAUGGAGGCAUACAGUUCAAUGGCAGUAAUAUUCCAAUACGACUUAGAUGUUUUAUAGCAGAUGCACCAGCUCGAGCUUUUAUUCUAAAUCAUCGUGGUCAUCUGUCUAGUAAACCAUGCUCAAAGUGCAAAGUUAGUGGAACAAUAAGUGAAGGUCGCAAUGUUUUUAAAGGAAUAAAUCAUUCUGUAAGAAGAGAUGAGGAAUAUGUUGCAGUUGUGGACGAAGAUCACCAUAAAGAAGAUACAACUCCAUUAUCAUUAAUCCCUAUAGGAAUGGUUUCACAAGUUUCUUUCGAGUAUAUGCAUUUAGUGUGCUUGGGCAUCAUGAAAAAACUAUUAUCUGCAUGGGUUUCCGGAUGA